AACACUGAAAAAAAAACCCACGAUCUUCAGGAAUGGGAGCCAAAGAGAUUGUCGCCAUCUUGUGCAUGACCAACCUGUUCCUCAGCCGAUGCAGUACUUGCGGGCACAGUGCCCAAAAAAUUGCACAGUUUCUAAGCAAUCUCUGGACUUCCGAUUGAACGCUAGAAAGAAUGUAGGUCUAGAUUCUUCCUUUUUUUUAGGGCAAACGUGGCUAAUAGUGUUCUCCAGCAAGAAAUCCUAAGGUUUUUGCAAUUUCACAUCUUUGUUUCGUCGAGCUUGAGCUGAGGAGCUUGACAGUGCGCGAGUGCAGCGAAUUUUAGUAGUAGUCGGAGUGUUUUUUUUUUUUUUUUUUUUUUUUUUUUGUGGCAAGAGGUGGAGGGAAACUAAGCAGAAUGAGGCCGAUUUUGUUGAAGGGUCACGAGAGGCCCCUUACGUUUUUGAAGUACAACAGAGACGGAGACUUGCUUUUCUCCUGUGCCAAAGAUCAUACGCCUACAGUGUGGUAUGCGAGUAACGGCGAGCGUUUGGGCACGUACAAGGGCCACAACGGAGCUGUAUGGUGCUGUGAUGUUUCGAGGGAUUCGACUCGCUUGGUGACCAGUUCGGCUGAUCAGACUGUGAAGCUAUGGGACUGCGAGACUGGUGUCCAACUGCACUCUUUCAACUUCGAUGCUCCCGCGAGGGCUGUUAGCUUCGCUGAAGGCGACAAGAUGGUGGUGAUUACUACUGAUCCGUUCAUGGAACAGCAAUCUGCUAUUCAUGUCAAGCGGAUAGAGUCAGACCGAUCUUUACAAUCCAGUGAAGAUGUGCUCACGAUCACAGGGCCACAAGGCAGGAUCAAUAGAGCCAUGUGGGGACCAUUAAACAAGACCAUUAUCAGUGCUGGCGAGGACGCUACUAUCCGUAUCUGGGAUGCUGAGACAGGCAAGCUAUUGAAAGAAAGCGAUCCUGAAACAGGCCACCAGAAGGUUAUUACAGCGAUGGCGAAGUCAGCUGAUGGCUCACACUUUAUCACUGGAUCUCACGACAAAUCAGCGAAGUUGUGGGAUAUUCGAACCUUGCAAAUGUUGAAGACGUACACCACAGAGCGACCUGUGAAUGCUGCUGCUAUUUCACCCCUGCUCGAUCAUGUCGUCAUUGGUGGUGGUCAAGAGGCUUCUCAAGUGACAAUGACAAGCACUCGAGCUGGAAAGUUUGAAGCAAAGUUUUUCCACAAGAUUUUCGAAGAGGAAAUUGGUGGUGUGAAGGGCCAUUUUGGACCUAUUAAUGCUCUAGUUUUUAAUCCUGACGGAAGGAGUUUCUCAAGCGGUGGUGAAGAUGGAUAUGUGCGGGUGCAUUUCUUCGACUCAGAUUACUAUCACAUCAAGGUUUAAUAUGUGUAUCUUUUAGCUAGGGUUGAAAGGUCCAGUGACCACUGUUAAGAAUUUUUGCAUGUUCUUUUGGCUGGACCAAGGACAGCAAGUUUUGACCAAAAUUAAAUUUCGAGAGAGGAUAUUCAAUUACGUCGUAAACUUAGCAGAUAGAUAUACCUAGAAUUUCGGAUUGCUACAUUAGUGUUGUGAUAGUAGCUCCAGAGCAUCAGCUUCUUUUUGCUGUUUGAUGCCGUAUGUUAUAUUAACUGCUUUCUUGCUCAUUCCUUAGUAUUUAGAUUUAUUCCAAUAAAGAAGUUCCAAUCUCAUUGUUUUGAAAUAUACUCUGAUUUUGGAAA